UGGUCAAUUGUCAAAUGUCAAUCAUAAUUUCAUGAAUCAAGUUUAAAGUUUGGUUUGGUUUUACUUAUAGUUUUUACUUUAGGCGACGACAAAAGAUUUAAUUGUAACGAAGGUACUCUAUUCUUACAAAAGAAAUGUGAUGUCAUGCGAAGAUAUUAAUAAAACACUAUUGCUGUCAUAGACUUCUUUAUUGGUAUUUGUGUGUUCUACUGAGUUACUCCCGUUGCAUUAGUAAAAUAGUACUAAAGUUCUUUGCUAUGGGUGGUGAUCGUGAUCGAAGCCGUAUUAGAAAGAGCCGUAGUCCUGAUAGGUCACGUACUGGUGGUGACGAACGAUGCAGUCGUAAUCCCAGUAUUGAGCGAAGCAAACAUAGGGAAGUUCGAGAAGUUAGUAAGGAGAGAGCUGGACACGACCGCAGCAGAGAGCGAAGCAGGGAGAGAGGGCGACGCGAGCGCACCAGAGAGCGAAGUAAGGAGAGAGCACGCCGUGAGCGCGCCGACAGCAGCGAGCGCGGCGCCCGCCGCAGUCGAGACCGCACUCACCAUGAACACAAGGAACAUGAACGCACACUGCUCAGGGAAGGAGAUCGCAACAGAGGACGCACCUCCUAUAAGGAAUAUAAUGGAGGAGGUCUAGGUGGUGGUUUGGGGGGUGGAGGUCCACCAGCAAGAGGUCGCUAUAAACCACAAGAGGAAGAAUUCUUUGAUGCAAGACGUGAAGAAAGAGAGAGGAUAGGGCUAGUUGGAGUGUCAUCGGUGUGGGGCAAAUCACCUCUCAGAGCUGACUCUGAAGAGGAACAGUCACAACCAGAAACAAGUAGUAAAGAAAAAAAAAAGAGUAAAAAGUCAUCAAAGGAUAAAGACACUAAACAGAAGCUAAAGAAGUUGAAGAAAAAACUGAAAAAAGUAAAGAAAGCACGGAAAAAGGCAAAGAAGAAGAAAGCCAAGGGUAGCAGUAGUGACUCCAGUGAUAGCAGUCAGGAAGAAGUGUGGGUCGAGAAAGGAAAGGAACAUGAAAUAGAAAGAAGUAGGGAAUCGCAGUCUUCGAAAAGAGGUGAUGAGGAAAUGGCUUCAGAAGCUUUUGGUCCAACUCCGCGAGUGGGGCCGGCUCUGGGGCACAAGGACUUCGGGCGAGCCUUGCUGCCGGGAGAGGGCGCUGCCAUGGCCGCCUACGUCGCCGAGGGCAAGCGGAUACCACGCAGAGGAGAAAUUGGACUUACUUCUGACGAAAUCGCAUCUUACGAAUCUGUAGGAUACGUGAUGAGUGGCAGCAGACAUCGUCGCAUGGAGGCGGUGCGUAUCCGCAAGGAGAACCAGAUCUACUCGGCCGACGAGAAGCGAGCGCUCGCCGCCUUCAGCAAGGAGGAACGCGCCAAGCGGGAGAACGCCAUCCUCGCGCAGUUCCGCGACGUGCUGUCCGCCCGCGGCCAGCGCCGCGACGUGUAGUCCGGCCCCGUGCUGUGUCCCACACUAGCCACGACUACUAUACGAUUUUAUGAAGUGACUUUAUUUAGAUCAUUAUGUGGAAAAAUAAACGACUGGAUUACAAAA